AUGCCUUCCAACGAGUCACCUACUCCCACGAAAUCAAUAGCUUAUGUGCCCUCCACUUCAGUGUUCAAGGAUGAUAUUUUUCGAGGAAAAGUGCUCUUCUGCACUGGAGGUGGUACUGGAAUCUGUCAAAAGAUGGUAGAGGCAGUCAUGCGGCAUGGCGCAUCGGCUUUCAUUUUCGGUCGCAGAGAAAACGUACUACAUGCGACUGCCUCAGACCUCACCAAACAAACCCUUCAGAGAUGCUCCUACGCCUCGGGUGACGUGCGAUCGCUCGCUUCUUUAGAAAAAGCGGUCGAAAAAUGUAUCAGUGAAUACGGCAGAAUCGAUUUUGUCAUCGCCGGUGCAGCAGGGAACUUUCUUUGCCCGAUCGAUCAACUCAGCACUAAUGCCUUCAAAUCGGUGAUCGAGAUAGACUUGCUGGGAACCUACAACACUAUCAAAGCGACCUUACCCUACAUAAAGAAAGCACAGGGCUCAUUUAUCAGUGUAUCCGCAACUUUGCAUUACUUCGGUACGCCCCUCCAAGCUCAUGUGUCCUCAGCCAAAGCUGGAGUGGAUGCUUUGUCGCAAGCUGUAGCCGUUGAAUUCGGCCCUCAUGGUAUUCGCUCUAACGUCAUCGCACCAGGUCCUAUCGGUGAUACCGAAGGUCUCUCGCGCUUGAGUACAUCUGAAUCUCGAAAGGCCAUUUUGCAGAGUAUUCCAUUGCAACGCUUUGGCACCCGAGGUGAUAUUGCCAACACAGCGGUGUUCCUCUUUUCGCCAGCCGCUUCUUUUAUCACUGGCACAGUUCUCAUCGUCGAUGGCGGUGAACAUCACCUACGAAGCACAAAUUCAUACGGAUCGUAUGGGCUGACCAAAGAAGAUGGCAACACAACCAAAAAGUCAAAUAGCAAGCUUUAA